UCGACAAGCAUCAUGUCUCACAAGCGGCAUGGAACGUUCAAUCACUACGAGAGCAACCGCUAUAAACAACAAAAGACAUACAGCUCGCAGCAUCCUGACGGGCACAACUUACCCCAGCCUGCGCACAGGAGCCACAAUAUUCAACAUCCGGAUACUGUGCCUAACAGAGUCAAACCAAAAGACAAUCCAGUUCUACAACACAUAGAACGACUUCCAGAUCCCGCAAAAUGUGAGCCCUGCAUAUUGGCGGCGGCGGAGUGCAACACAGGCCUGGUAGCACUGCUUUCCAAGCUUGAAGCAGAACAUAUGACAUUCAAAGGUGAUAGGGACAUUCUUCACCAUGCCCGAGAACUUAGAAAGCUCCUAUCAGCCCGAGAUCAGAACCAGAACCAUGCGUCUGGCUUGAAGAUGACAGCACUUGAUCAAAAAUGGCCGGCGAAGGAUGGCCAGGUAUAUGUGCCGACUUACAUUCUACAGCAGCUUGAAAAGGCAAAAAGCCUUCCGCCACUUCCACCUAUUGUCGAACCACACCUCCAAGAAGCAGUCUUUACCCAUGUCAGUAUACAUACGCGUACCCUGGUCAAAGGCUCCGACAAUUCCAACGACAUCACAUACGAGCGUCUGGAAUUUCUUGGUGACGCAUACAUCGAACUAAUGGCUUCUCGUCUACUAUAUAGUCGCCUUCCACAUCUCGAUGUUCCUCAGCAGGCCACUCUACGGGAGCAGCUCGUCAAGAACGAGACGCUGGGUCAGUUCUCGAUCGCGUAUGGACUGCCCGAUCGUCUGAAGCACGGAGCACAUGUCAAAGAGUCGAAAGCAUGGAAAAAGGUCGUGGCCGACGUUUUCGAGGCAUAUGUUGCCGGCGUUGUCCUCUCGGAUCCCAAAAAUGGGUUUGAGACGGCAGAGAACUGGCUGACAAAGCUCUGGUCUCCGCAAAUGCUAGAUUUCCAGCCAAAGAUAAUUGAGAAUCCACAGGCAAAAGAUGACCUGGCACGUCUGAUCCAAGGCAAAGACGUUUCGCUGGAGUACCGCGAGGAACGAAGCAUGGUCCACGAAAACGGCAUUCAGAAAUACUUCGUAGGGGUGUACAUGACUGGAUGGGGAUAUCAAAAUGAGUGGCUGGGCAGCGGCGAAGGCCGUAACAAAGCACAAGCAGCAGUCGCUGCAGCGACGAAUGCGCUCAAUGGAGACAAUGUCGUCGUGAAAACUGCAGCCAUGAAAAAGCAGGAAAUAGUCGAUCAAAAACAAGCCGCAAAGAGGGCAAUGACACAGGAAAUUCAGAACGCGACGGCUAGAGCAAGUGAAGAGGUGAAGGACUCGAAAACAACAGGCAAGGAACAUAUUCCAGCAUCAAAUGCAGAAGUGCAGCAAGGCCAGAAACCGGACAGAAAUGAACUGUCCAUCAAGGACCCUACUCAGUGGUUGCAAGAGGAGCUGGACAAGAAAAAUAAGGGAGAACCCCCCGCGGGACAAUCUUCAUGGCUGGAGAAAGAAAUGAAGAAGAAAGAGAAGAAAGAGCGGCGUGAGAAGAAGCGCCAGGAAGCGCCGAGUAACAACUCGUGAGCCUGGUGUCCUGCAGAUACAUUAUAAAUCAACAUUCCACUUGCAGUUAUAUCUGAAAAUCCCAAGCUACAAUGGCGCAAUCGUUCGCGGCUUACUGUUGGACCUAGUUGGUGUUUGUUCGCAUGCGAUGCAGCAGGGAUUCAUGAAUGUUUCUUGGUCCAAAACCAACGGUUCAUACGCAUGUACGCUGUUAUGCGCAAAGAACUCGAUGGACAUUGCAUUAAGUCGAAGAUCGUGGUUUCGUCUCUAUAUAGUGGCUAUAGUCCAAUGAACUUGACGUUCUCGAUGUCUGCGGCCACCCCUUUCAUAUCAUGCGUUUGAUAUUAAAGGUACCCUCGCCCUCCAGGGAACAGGCCAUUGGUUACAUUCUAUUUUGCUUGGAGCCAAAAACCUAUGCACGUCCAUUGGAGUUCCGACACCACACCAUAGUAUCCAUCGGCCACGUUCCACUUUCCUCACAUCAGUCGGUAUGUUUCGACCGCCAUAACUAUCAACAACCGCCCGUCUCGGCGUCAAACAAAAAAACACAAACUAUUGCCUGCUUCCAAGGCCU